AUGAUUGUUGAGAAACGAAUGCUUUGGGAAAAAUUACUUUAUCUUAAAUCUAUUUUCACGGAUGAAGAGUGGGUGAUUGGCGGGGAUUUCAAUACCGUAAAGAAUGGGAUAGAGAAGAAGGGAAGAUCGGGUGUGAAUAGAAGAAGUGAAUGGACUGAAUUUUUAGAGUUCAUUGAUAAGAGCAAUUUGAUAGACAUUCCUAGCAAAGGCAAAAAGUUUGCUUGGUUUGGAGGGGAUGGAAUGGCAAGAAGUAGAAUUGAUAGAUUUUUAGUGGCGGAUACCAUGGUUAGUAGAUGGGGUAUUGUUGGUCAAUUGGCGCGGGAUCAUGAUAUUUCUGAUCAUUGCCCAAUUUGGUUGAUUGGCAAUAACUCUAAUUGGGGUUCUAAACCGUUCAAGGUCAAUAACAAAUGGUUUUCCAACAAGGAUUUUUUGUCGUUUGUGGAAAAAGAAUGGUUAGAGCUAAAGGUGGAAGGGAGAGGCGAUUUUGUGCUUAAGGAAAAGUUGAGACGUCUUAAAGAAAGGUUAAGGUGGUGGAAUGUAAAUAUUUUUGGAAGGUUUGAUUUGGCGGUGGAGAAAGGGGUGCGCGUUUUGAAUGAAGGGGAUGAAAUGGUGGAUGAUGAUGAGGACUUGGAUGAGUUGGAAGAUAUCUCGGUGGACUUGAUGGGGCUAGAAAGAGGAGGGCUUCUAGCGAUUUUUGGUUUAAUCUAA